AGUGGAACUAAAGGUGGUCACCAGCGUCGUCCCACCCCUGUGGUCUCCACCCCGUCUCCUCCAGCUGCUUCUUCUGCUGCUUUCACCCUCGUCUUUCCAACAUGGCGUCCGUCUUCUUACUCUGGCAGUGCCGCUGACCGCCGUCGCCGUGGACGACCACCAUGGAGAGAAAACGCAGAAAGAAAGUCUUGUAGCUGCUCAGGCCUUCUGCAGUAUGGACUCAGUGUUGGAGCUCUGGACCUGAACGCUCUGUCCGGACCUCUGAGAAGAACCCGGGUUCCUGCUGCUGGUAUUCCAGACGCCGCUGGUUUUCCAGGCACCGCUGUCGGAGUGGGAGCGGAGGCCUGGAGGGAACCCAUGGUGGACGCUGCGUCACACUUGAAAAUGCUCCCACUUCCUGUGUGGGUGUCCAUGGUCAUGGGGCUGCUGGCGGGGCUCCUGCCUGUGGUCGGGAUGGAGCCGCUGGAAGGAACCAAAUCCGACUCUGACCACGCCCCCGACCAGGAGCCCCUCCCCUCGAACUCUGCCUCCAACUGUUCCCAGUUAACCCUCAAACUGGAGUUCUCUUCCAAGGUGGUGGAACACGAGUACAUCGUAGCCUUUACGGGCUACUUCUCCGCCAAAGCUCGAAGCCUGUACAUCAGCAGCGCCCUGAGGAACGCUGCGGACCGAGCGUUGGAGUGGCACGUCGUCCCCAGGGAAAACCCGGCCUCGGACUUCCCCAGCGACUUCGAGCUGGUCCACAUCCGCCAGGCGUCGGCACGCAGCCUGCUGACCUUAGAGGACCAUCCAUACAUCAAGAGGGUGACGCCGCAGCGCAAAGUGUUCCGCUCGCUCAAGUACAUUCCCUCCCCUGAAGCGGCUGCACCCUGCAACGCCACCCGUGGGACCCAGAAAUGGCAGUCGUGGCAGUCGUCCCGCCCCUUCAGACGAACCAGUUUAUCAUUGGGCGCAGGGUUCUGGCACGCCACCGGCCGCCACUCCAGCAGGAGGCUGCUGAGGGCCAUCCCCCGCCACGUGGCCCAGAUCCUGCAGGCAGACGUCCUCUGGCAGAUGGGACACACUGGGUCUGGUGUUAAAGUGGCUGUGUUUGACACUGGACUGAGUGAAAAGCAUCCACAUUUUAAGAAUGUGAAGGAAAGGACCAACUGGACCAAUGAGAAGACACUGGAUGAUGGUCUGGGCCACGGUACGUUUGUGGCUGGAGUCAUCGCCAGUAUGAGGGAGUGUCAGGGCUUCGCUCCAGACUCUGAGCUGCACAUCUUUAGAGUUUUCACCAACAACCAGGUUUCGUACACCUCCUGGUUCCUGGAUGCGUUCAACUAUGCCAUCCUGAAGAAAAUUGACGUUCUGAACCUCAGCAUCGGGGGGCCGGACUUCAUGGACCACCCUUUUGUUGACAAGGUGUGGGAGCUGACAGCCAACAGAGUGAUCAUGGUGUCUGCCAUCGGCAACGACGGACCGCUGUACGGCACGUUGAACAACCCAGCGGACCAGAUGGACGUGAUCGGGGUCGGAGGCAUCGACUUUGAGGACAAUAUCGCACGGUUUUCCUCCAGAGGCAUGACCACCUGGGAGCUUCCAGGAGGUUACGGCAGAGUCAAACCUGACAUCGUCACCUACGGUUCUGGUGUUCGUGGAUCAGGGAUGAAGGAGGGCUGUCGUUCUCUGUCUGGUACCAGCGUGGCCUCCCCUGUGGUGGCUGGAGCCGUCACUCUGUUGGCCAGCACCGUCCUGAACCGGGAGCUGGUCAACCCGGCGUCCAUGAAGCAGGCCCUGAUCGCCUCGGCCCGCCGGCUGCCGGGGGUCAACAUGUUCGAGCAGGGUCACGGGAAACUGGACCUGAUCCGAGCUUAUCAGAUCCUCAACAGCUACAGACCUCAGGCCAGUCUGUCUCCCAGCUACAUCGACCUGACGGAGUGUCCCUACAUGUGGCCUUACUGCUCCCAGCCCAUCUACUACGGAGGAAUGCCCACCAUCGUUAACGUGACCAUUCUGAACGGCAUGGGUGUCACCGGCAGGAUCAUUGACAAGCCCGUCUGGCAGCCUUACCUCCCUCAGAACGGCGACCACAUGGACGUGGCCGUGUCCUACUCUCCCGUGCUGUGGCCGUGGGCCGGGUACUUGGCCGUCUCCAUCUCUGUGGCCAAGAAAGCGGCGUCGUGGGAAGGAAUCGCUCAAGGUCAUGUGAUGGUCACCGUGGCGUCGCCCGCAGAGAACGACUCCGAGGUGGGCGGGGAGCUGACGUCCACGGUCAAACUGCCCAUCAAAGUGAAGAUCGUGCCCACUCCUCCGCGCAGUAAGAGGGUGUUAUGGGACCAGUACCACAACCUGCGCUACCCCCCCGGAUACUUCCCACGGGACAACCUGCGCAUGAAGAACGACCCCUUGGACUGGAACGGAGACCACAUCCACACCAACUUCAGGGACAUGUACCAGCACCUGAGGAGUAUGGGAUACUUUGUGGAGGUGUUGGGAGCGCCCAUCACCUGCUUUGACGCCAGUCAGUACGGAACGUUGCUGAUGGUGGACAGUGAGGAGGAGUAUUUCCCAGAGGAGAUCACCAAACUGAGGCGGGACAUCGACAACGGCCUGUCACUCAUCAUCUUCAGCGACUGGUACAACACGUCAGUCAUGAGGAAGGUCAAGUUUUAUGACGAAAACACCAGGCAGUGGUGGAUGCCGGACACAGGGGGUGCUAAUGUUCCAGCUCUGAACGACCUGAUCUCAGUGUGGGGGAUGGCCUUCAGCGACGGCCUGUAUGAGGGAGACUUCACCUUAGCUGACCAUGACAUGUACUAUGCUUCUGGGUGCAGCAUCGCUCGUUUCCCAGAAGAUGGAAUAGUGAUCGCCAAGAACCUCAAGGACCAAGACGGUGCAAACACAACAGACGACAGGUCCAGGCUCUACGUCUGUCCUGUGAUUGGACGGUCAGUGCUGGUGGGUGUGGUCAUGUGA